CAAAUGUUGGACUUGGAAGGUCGUGAAUGCCUCGCACAAUCAUCCGCCUGUCGCCAAUAUUGGAAUUGCACUUCUUCGGCGUGCUUCGCGGACGCCUGAAGCCAAAGAGCUGAUCAACACGUUGAUCGACAGCCGGACUCCAUUCCCCUCCAUCAUCAGUACCAUGUCUCAGCGUUUCCCAACGGUAAUGUUGACAUCGGAAGACUUGCAUCGUCUCGCCUUUCGUCGUCGUGCAGAUCUCCGUGCUGGCUCCAGUGCAAGUGCUGCUUGUAUUCGGCAAUUAGUGAGCAAUGAUGAGCUCCAUCGUCCGUUUGUCAACACACGCGAUGAACUCAUUGGUUUGGUUUACACCAAGCGAACUGCUCGCGCACUGAUUCACCGAUUUCCCGAAGUCCUUUUCUUCGACUGCACAUACAAGACGAACCUGUACCGGAUGCCCAUGCUCCAUAUCGUCGGAUCCACAUCGACAGGUAUGACAUACACUGCAGGAGUCAUCUUGAUGUUGCGUGAAACCACAAACUGGUAUACCCAAGCUCUCAAUUCGUUCUUCGAACUUGUCGGCAAACCGGAUGUCAAGGUUGUCAUUACCGAUCGUGACCCAGCACUCAUCAACGCUCUCAUGUCUGUCCUCCCCAAGGCUUACCGCUUCUCCUGCUUCUGGCAUCUUCAAGAAAAUGUCAAAAGCAAUAUAAGGCCCUGUUUCGUUGACGAAGAGAACAUCGUCAUGGCUGUCUCGAAUUUCUGCAAAGCUUGGGUACGGUAUUGUGUACAUGCAAAAUCGGAUGAGCAGCUUGAGGAAGGUUAUCGGAAGAUGGAAGAACUUUAUCCUGGUCAGAAAUAUGCUCGAGCGAUCUCGUAUAUCCGGGGUUUGGAUGAAAUCAAGGAGCGCUUUGUACAUGCCUAUAUCAACAAGCAACUUCACUUCGGACAAACCGGUAAUUCACGCUUAGAAGGUCAGCACGCAACUCUUAAGAAAUCAAUUGACACCAAGUACGGUGAUCUUCUGCUUGUCAUUGGGUCUCUAAGUACGUAUUUUGAUCAGCAGUGGUUGAAAAUUUUGAAAAGAAUUGAGCUCGAGAGAACGAGGUGUGCUACACAUAUUCCCAGUACUUUUGUUCGGUUAAAAGGCUCCAUAUCCCGCGCUGCAAUGAAGCUUCUUGCUGAGCAGUUGACUUUGGCCAAAAGAUAUUUGGGUGAUUACGAUGAAGGUGUCGAUGACUUUGAAGAAUCACACCCGUGCAGUGGCUCGUUUACAAAAUCCCAUGGAUUGCCCUGCGCCCAUCGUCUCAUUAGCUUCGUCCGGGAAAGAAGACACCUUGAAAAGGAUCACAUUCAUCCUCACUGGCGUCUCGGGUCUGCCGCAAGUCUCAAAAGAUACCUUGACCAUAUUAACAGACUUGUUGGCACCCCAGAUACAUCAGUCAUACGGCUGGAUGAUGUAUUUGACUUCGGUGAGGACCAAGAACUUAUCCUCGAUCCACCCAUUUUAAGCACCAAGCGGGGAAGGAAGGCCCCUAAUCCACCAGUGUUGCAGGAAGACCGGAUGUCGGCACCUUCAGGAAGGUACUUGACUCAGUCAGAAAGAAUUAUGGGGGCUGGAUUGACCCAGCGAAAAAAAGGGCGCUGUAAACACUGCCAAAGUUCCACUCACUAUACCAAAGACUGUGCGCGUGUUCAAGCGUCUCGAAGGGUCGACAAAAACCAAGAAGCUGAGAAUGCAGGUGAAGACAGAAGAGUUCUUGUCCCAGAUAGCGAUGAUGAGGAAGGAAAUGAGGAAGAUCUUGUCGAGGUACCGAAUGAACCCAAUCUUCGUCCAAAAAAGCAUUCUCGGUCACAAUAUCCUGCCCCCUCUCAAAUAUAUCCGUCACAUGCUGUUCAAAUGCAGCAUCUUCCUCCUGAACCCUCGGUCCCCCAAUUACCCCCUUCUUCCCAAUUCUAUCCACCAUUAUCACAAUACUAUCCCCCUGCUCCACAGCAUUACCCAACUUCAAAAUACCAUGUGCCUCCUACCCAGUAUAUCCCUUACAACCAAGUAUUAUUCCACAAUCAUUCCGAAGCCCCAACUCCCUAUCAUUACCCUUCUGUUAGUGGAUACAAUAAUCUCCAAUCUCCUCAAAUUUACCAAUACAACUUAGAGAAUAAUGUGGGCAAGGAUGCGAGCAUUCGAUCGCAGGAGGAUAGUAUUAUAAUGCAGCGAGGGAGAGAUCGACAUAGCUGGGAAUGAAGGCGAAGGAAGAAUGAAUAGAUGUCGAAAGAGGAAUAGAUGUCACAAGAAGAAUAGAUGUUUAUAAUAUUAGAGGACUGAAUUUACUAUGCACGAAAAA